AUGGAUUUCUACGCGCAGAACGCGACGUCGGCGCUGCCCGCGUGCGUCGGGGCGCAGCGGAGCCGGAGCGCUGUCGUGAACGGGAGCGCGGAAGCCGGAAACGCCACCUGUGGCGGCGGCGACGCCGCGUCCGCCGCCCUCGCGCCGCCGCGCGGUGCGCCCAAAGAUGAGGACCACACACUCCGGAUCCUGCUCUACUCGCUCAUCUUCCUGCUGAGCGUCAUUGGCAACUUGCUGAUUAUCGUGGUGCUGACGGUGAACAAGCGCAUGCGCACCGUCACCAAUACCUUCCUGCUGUCCCUGGCGGUUAGCGACCUGAUGAUGGCUGUCUUCUGCAUGCCCUUCAACCUCAUCCCCAGCAUCCUCAAGGACUUCAUCUUUGGAGCCGCCAUGUGCAAGAUAGUGGCCUACCUGAUGGGCAUAUCGGUGAGCAUUUCCACGUUUAGCUUGGUUGCCAUAGCAAUCGAGCGCUACAGCGCCAUCUGCAACCCUCUGAAGUCCCGGGUGUGGCAGACCCGUUCCCAUGCCUACCGAGUGAUCGCCGUCACGUGGGUGUUGGCCUUCAUCAUAAUGACCCCCUAUCCCAUAAUCAGCCACUUGGACGGCUAUCAGCGACCCGACAACACCACGGCGCACCGCUGUCGCCACAAGUGGCCACGCGUGAAGGCGGAGCAAACCUGGUACAUGCUGGUGUUGCUGGUUUUGUUCGUGAUCCCGGGGGUGGUGAUGAUCGUGGCGUACGGACUCAUCUCCAGAGAGCUUUAUAAAGGCAUCCAGUUUGAGAUGGGUCAGAAGAAGGAAUCCACCGGUGUGAAGAACGGCCUGAGCACCGCCACGUCCAGCGGCAACGACGACGGGGACGGCUGUUACGUUCACACCGUUCAGCGGCCUCACUCCAUGGAGAUGUCCACUCUGAGCGCUUCAUCGGCCGGGGCGGCCAAGGCGAAGCGGCCACGCACCAACACCACGGAGGCCAAGCUAGAGGCCAAGAAGCGAGUGAUCCGCAUGCUGGUGGUGAUUGUGGUGCUGUUCUUCCUCUGCUGGAUGCCCCUCUACUGCGCCAACACCUGGCGGGCCUUCGAUGUCAAGUCCGCCGAGCAGGCCCUCUCGGGAGCGCCGAUCUCCUUCAUCCAGCUUCUGUGUUACACGUCGGCGUGUGUCAACCCCAUCAUCUACUGCUUCAUGAACACGCGCUUCCGCAAGGCGCUGCUCGCCACGUUCUCUUGUUGCGCCGCGCCCUGCCGGCGUCGACGCCAUGGGCAGCGGGACAACGAAGAGGAUGUUAUGGUGACAGGGGCGUCCAUGUCUAAGUUCAGUUACACAACAGUCAGCACCAUGGGAAACUGCUAA